CCCGUGGAGGGCUCGGCAGGUGAGUAGCAGGAAUGGCCUGGCAGGCCAAUAUAAGAGGCUUCGUGGGCUGGAUGUUGUGCAGGCCUGCCCUUGGCAAACUACCAUCUUUCAGUCUCAGACAUCCACCUGAAGCAUGAAGAAGCUUGUGGGAAAGGUGGCUUUGUUCAUUAUGUGUGCGUCAGUCAAAUAUAACACCCGGGGUCCAGCCCUUAUCCCAAGAAUGAAGACCAAACAUCGCAUCUACUACAUUGCUCUCUUUUCCAUUGUGCUGCUUGGCCUCAUUGCCACAGGCAUGUUCCAGUUCUGGCCGCACUCUAUAGAAUCCUCAAAUGACUGGACAGUUGAAAAGCGUAGCAUUCAUGAUGUACCUCUAGUCAAGAUUCCUGCAGACAGUGCCAUCCCAGAACGAGGAGACCUCAGCUGUAGGAUGCAUACAUGCUUUGAUGUCUACCGCUGUGGUUUCAACCCCAAAAAUAAGAUCAAGGUCUACAUUUACCCUUUAAAGAAGUAUGUGGAUGAAUUCGGCACACCAGUCAGCCAGACUAUUUCCAGGGAAUACAAUGAACUGCUAACUGCUAUUUCUGACAGUGACUUCUACACAGAUGAUGUCAACCGUGCCUGCCUCUUUGUGCCAUCUAUUGAUAUGCUGAACCAGAACACUCUUCGUAUUAAGGAAACGGCUCAGGCUUUGGCGCAGCUAUCCCGUUGGGAUCGAGGGACAAAUCACCUGUUGUUCAACAUGUUGCCUGGAGGACCACCUGACUAUAAUACAGCAUUAGAUGUUCCAAGGGACAGAGCUCUGUUGGCAGGAGGUGGCUUUUCUACAUGGACCUACCGACAAGGCUAUGAUGUCAGUAUUCCUGUUUACAGUCCACUGUCUUUAGAGGUACAGCUGACAAGUAAAGGACCCGGUCCUCGCAGGUACUUCCUCCUGUCAUCUCAGAUGGCUCUGCAUCCUGAGUACCGUUCUGAAUUGGAGGCGCUUCAAGCUGAGAAUGUAGAAUCUGUCCUGAUCCUGGACAAAUGCACCAACCUUUCUGAUGGAAUCCCUUUUAUGCGUAAGCGUUGCCACAAGAAUCAGGUCUUCGAUUACCCUCUGGUGCUUCAGGAGGCCACAUUUUGUGUGGUUUUGCGGGGAACCCGUUUGGGGCAAGCUGUACUGAGUGAUGUACUUCAGGCUGGCUGCAUCCCUGUUGUCGUAGCUGAUUCAUACAUUCUGCCUUUCUCUGAGGUUCUGGACUGGAAGAGAGCUUCUGUGGUGAUACCUGAAGAAAAAAUGUCUGAUAUGUACAACAUCCUUCAAGGCAUACCCCAGCAACAAAUUGAAGAGAUGCAGAGACAGGCAAGGUGGUUCUGGGAAGCUUAUUUUCAGUCAGUGAAAUCUAUUGCCCUGGCAACCCUCAAGAUUAUCAAUGACAGGAUCUAUCCAUAUGCUGCCACGUCAUAUGAAGAAUGGAAUGAUCCCCCAGCAAUUAAAUGGAGCAGUGUAAGCAAUCCACUCUUUCUUCCACUGAUCCCACCGCAAUCGCAAGGCUUCACUGCUAUUGUCUUGACCUAUGAUCGAGUUGAGAGCCUUUUCAGAGUCAUCACUGAAGUAUCGAAGGUGCCUAGCCUUUCCAAGUUGCUUGUAGUUUGGAACAACCAGAAUAAAGUUCCACCAGAAGAAACUGUUUGGCCCAGAGUUCGAGUUCCACUAAAGGUUGUACGGACCACAGAAAACAAACUGAGUAACCGUUUCUUUCCUUAUGAUGAGAUUGAAACAGAAGCGGUGUUGGCCAUUGAUGAUGACAUAAUAAUGUUGACUUCAGAUGAGCUGCAGUUUGGUUACGAGGUCUGGAGAGAGUUCCCUGACAGACUAGUUGGCUACCCUGGUCGCCUGCAUUUGUGGGAUCAUGAGACCAACAAAUGGAAAUACGAAUCUGAGUGGACCAAUGAAGUUUCGAUGGUGUUAACAGGUGCCGCUUUUUACCACAAGUAUUUUAAUUACUUGUACACGUACAAAAUGCCUGGGGACAUCAAGAACUGGGUGGAUGCUCACAUGAAUUGUGAAGACAUUGCCAUGAAUUUUCUAGUUGCCAAUGUUACAGGAAAAGCAGUAAUAAAGGUGACCCCCAGAAAGAAAUUCAAGUGUCCAGAAUGCACAGCCAUUGAUGGGUUAUCGCUAGACCAGACACACAUGGUCGAGAGGUCCGAAUGUAUUAACAAGUUUGCCUCUGUCUUUGGGACCAUGCCUCUUAAAGUGGUGGAGCACCGGGCAGAUCCCGUCUUGUACAAAGAUGACUUCCCUGAAAAACUGAAGAGUUUCCCCAACAUUGGAAGCUUGUAAAGCAUUGCCACAAGGCAAACUAGAUAUUGGAAUCCAAUAUGCAAACAAAGACUGGUGCUAAGCAUGAGGCCUUUGAAGAAAUGUGCCGGGGAGUAUUAUGGGAAGUGGACACAGAGAUUAAUGCACCCCACUCCAGGUAUAAUGCAAGCUUUUUUCUCAGGGCUCAAGACUUGAUGGAGGGCAUAGCAGCUGUUUCUGCAUUGCAUCAAAACAUAUGCUCUCAUUUCUCUACAUGGGUCUAUUGAAAUGCCAGACAAAUAUUUUUUUUUUCUUAGAGGCUACAUGCAGACAAACAGAUGCACACACAACACAGUCUUUGCUCAGACAGAAAAAACAUGUUUGUUCUCAAGGGGCUGUUGGUGGGUUAAAUCUGUAUUGCUAGCUCUCAGCAAGCUCUUGUCUGUGUUUAUUGCAUGAUCCCAGCCCCCACUGAAUUUGUGCAAGACUGGCUUACCUACACCCCUUAAGAUUCAUCCUUAAUACUAACUCUUCCACAAAUAUGCCAGCCUUUUUAGAAAGGAAAAGAAAACAAAUAGCCAGAUAGAAAAGAAAAAUAAAUUACCAUGUGGUGGGAUUAACCUUAUGUAUUGUAAGAAGAACGCCAUCAGUAGUAGGAGAAACAAAUAGCAGACAAUGAUUUCCUUCCUGUAGAUGUUAAUAAGUAUACACAUUUUACGUUUUCCAUCAUAUUCCUAGAAAGGACAACAUCAUGGGUCACCAGCUUAACCCACGCACAAUUUUUCAGUGUGUGGUGAAUAUUUCAGUCUUGGUUUGUUUUGAUUUCUCAGUUCUAUUUCUUACCAUGCUGAAGUUCAGACACACAUGGUCAGUACAUACCCUGUUUCCCCGAAAGUAAGACCUACCCCGAAAGUAAGACCUAGCAGUAAUUUCUGAUGUACUGCUAAUUGCCCUAGUGCAUUUUUGGGGGCUAAAAUUAAUAUAAGACACUGUCUUAUUUUCGGGGAAACACGGUAAAUGGCACCUAAAGCAGUUGGAGCACUGUUUUGAAGACAGCAUAUGGCAUUCAGUUUCAUAAACCAUUUUACGUCUCACUUCUCAACAGAGUUGUGCAUGUGUUCAGUACAUUAAUAGAAAUCAAACUCCUCCUCUUACCUACCAUAUUCUGAAUAGCUACCAAAGACUUAUCUAGUACUCACUGCCACAAGCUUAUUGAAAUGCAUGAAAUAAGUGAUUGGUGCUUAAGUAAGCAUGAUCUGUUUAAAAUAUGCCAGGGGUGGUUGUGAAAGGUAAAUUCCCUGGGAUUACAGAAUUCACUGCCAUCAUUGCAAAAAAUAGUUAACCGUAUGUUAAAAAUAUACAAAAUAAUGUGAAAAUAUUGUAUAUAAAAGGUGUGAGAACACCAGUAUAAGCUGGUUUGAUAUGAACAUGCAACCCUUUUGAGUUUGUUUAGCACUGUUCACCAGAAAUUGGUUCAAGUAAGAUAUUACUGCCUUUAUUUUAUUUUCUUCUCUUAGACCAGUGUCAGCAGUAGCCGUCUAAUAUCAAAAUUAGAUAUACUUUGACAUUUAUUAUAGGAAGGGAAGUUACAUCUGCAUAGUUGAAGUUGGUCUGAAUAAAGAUACCCUCAUGCUGAUUCGCAUCUAGAGUAGAAAGGAGUUUUCCUCUUUGUACCAGCAGUAUGAUGUUCCAGUUCCACAUCUCUCUCUAAGAGGCCUGCAUGACUGUCGUUCUAGAACUUGCAUGAUCUGCCAUUUCUGGUAAUGCAGUUUGCCAAGAUGCAAACUGCAUGACAAAUCACAUAGACUUCAGGCCAGAAACAGGAAAUAUUUCAUCUUUAUCUGCAGCAUCCUGAGCUAGCUGGACAAUGGUUUGACUCAUUAUAAAGCAGCUUCCUGUGUUCCUGGGUGCGGAAAUCUUGCUGCCUGUCAUAGUGAUACUAUUGGAGGUGAAAGAAUGGUAGCUGCAAGAGGACUUUCCACUUACACACUCUCCAGGAAAGGUUUAUAAAGUAGACUCUCUCACUCAGUAGGGAAGAGUUAAAUUUGUAAUUCAUUUUGCACUUGCUUCAGAUUUUAUCUUCUGCUGUAUUUUUGACUUGGCAGGAGUAAAUGGCAUUGGAUGAUGUACUAAGGUUUUCUAAUCACAUACCAUCAAUGGUUUUUUUGAGUUACACAGAACUCUUUGCCAGAGGUUGGUUUGAAUUAAACAUAUCACCUAAAUAAUUUUGCAUCUCUUUUGAGUUAAAAAUUGGACACACUUCCUGCACACACUACAGCCAUAUAAAAGCUUUCCUUGGUGUUGACAGGCUACCAUCACAAGGCAAGUGAAGGUGAGAAUGUAAUCAUUCUCUGGGCCCCAUCUCCCCCCCCCCCAAAGCUUGAAUAGCAAGCUGCAGGGUGGUUGGGGCGGCACUCCCAGGAAAUGGGAAAUUUCCCAUCAUAAUGGGAAAUGUUGCUUUAUCCUUAAAAACUUAAGCCCAACAAUUUACCUAGUUGUAUGUAACUUUAACUACAUGCGACAAUAAUUAUUGCCAUUUUAAAGCUAUUAAAUUUCUUUCUUAUGAAUACAAUGUGUCCCUUAAAAGAACAACAAAAACCCCUCCCCCAAUGACCUCUAGCCACGGUGAAGGAUACAGCUUUUUUAAAAAUCUAGACUGUCAGCUGCCUCUAAAGUUAGUGUGUACCCUGAUAAGCCUCAUGCUGCAGUUUCCCUGGUGCCCUCAUCUCUUGCUGCUCUGGGCUGUUCAGCUGAUCAGCUGAUGGUCUGUUCUACCACCUUCUCAAAACUACUGUUCUCUUUGACCGUCUCUCUCCCUUUUUCUUUACAACCUUCCCCUUUCUUUCUUAUCCUCUCAGCAUCUGUCUCUUACCAAUUAAACCCAACUUCCAUUGGCCAUGGCCAAGGUUCUGUCAUGCUUAUCUGAAGCAGCUCAGUUUUCUGCUCUGUUCGUUGUGCAAUUUAAUGCCAGGCUAAUAGUAUGAAAAGCAGUACUGCAAAAACGGGCUACAAGGUUGUGCUUCAUGCAACAUUCAGUUCCCCCACAAUCCAUCACUUUGGAUUGUGCCAUUUAUGCUUACCCCUCUAAUAUUUCAUCUUUCAUUUGCUCUAGCACAGUAGCUGGCGCAAUACUGUAUUUCUUGGAGAUGUUCAGUGUGUGCUGAAUCAGUGCCCCUCAAACUGUAGAAAUCACUUGAAUGAGCUGCUCUUUGUUACCCAAAGGAUGAUUAUGCCAGAAAAGUGUUAGCCAGCCUUUUGCCCUUUCUCUGAACUUUACCACAUUGGUGUCUACUUUCCUAAAAUAACCAUGUGUGUGAUUGUGCCCAUCUGCUAGCUUCUGAACUUGAGAAUGAAUGGCAGAGUAUAUCUGUUUAAUGCAUGUGCAAACAGAAUGCUUGACAAAUAGAAUCUGAUUGCUUAGUGUCACUUCACACAUGAUAUUUUUAACACCUACAAUGUUUUAAGUGUCCUCCUAAAUAUGUAAAGUGUGAAUGCAGUAAAUGUGUGUGUAUGUAUACUUAGGGAGUUGUGUUUGCUGCAGCUACUUGUUGAGUAGCUCAAUAGCAAACUCAGGUUUGUCUUUGUGUAAUGUGAAAACUAUAAAAAGCAGGCUGAAAUCCACCUGUACACUCCUGGGUUCCUGAGGCACCAAUAGUUUCUGCUUUGGGGCAAAUUGCCACUUCACGGAUGAAAUGGGCCAUGGAGAAAGAAUGAACUUGUCCCCACCCCAAUCCCAACCAACCUUUUGACCCCACUUCCCUCAGCAUGAUAUUUUUGACAAGAUUUUUUUUAAAGGCAUGUGCAGUUGGAAGCACAUCUCAGUAACACACAUUUGCCUGCUGUUUAGUUUAACCUAGAGUGCACAAGCACCCUUUGUGGUCUUUGCUAAUAUCAAGAAGCCUGAGUGACUAUUCCUUCUUUUUACUGAAAGUCUGCAAAUAAUAAGUGUCACAUAAAUUGUCCUGAAGCAUUUCAUAAUUGCUUUAUACUGCAAACUUCUUUUUUUACUGAUUGCUAACAUUCUGUAGUGUCAGAAUUGUUCGGGGACCACAUUUUUCCACUGUAUGUAUAAUUCAUUUUCUUAAAAAAAAUAAAAAUAAAAAUAAAAAAAAUAAAUGGGUAAAAACAG